CAAAGGGGCGACCAGCUGGAGUUUACGGAGAUUUCUUCAAAGUUCAAGGGAUGACUUCCUUUUUACUAACCUCUCUGAACCUUCUCCUGCUUUAUCGAGGUACUCUGACCAUCCCUCCAGGCUAUUCGAUUUCCAUGCCUAAGAAAGUCCUUGUGGAAAUAAACCAUUGCACCGACGUACCCUGUAUGUUCACCACUCCGGAACGGUACUCAAAAAGCUCAGCACCGUUUUACAUCUAUUGGUUUAAGAGUAUAAGAAAACGUUACUAUUUGGUGUGGAUCAACAUGUGGGUACCAGGAUAUCUGAUGGUCACCAAUGAUUUAAGGCAGAAAGCUGAGAUUACCAAUUUUAAACUGAUCGGGGAUCCCAAAAAUGGCGACUGCUCCUUCAGCAUUGCAAAUGCCCAGCCUGUGGACUCGGGAAAGUACUACAUGAGAAUUGAUAAAGGAUCAGGAUUUAGGUAUGCGUUUGAAUCUUCUGCUCCACAACAUCACGUAAAUCCCCAAAUUGUGGUGAGAGAUGUGAAGAAGCCAAUGAUUUGGAAGCCACCUUCCAUCAUCUGGGGGGAAACCAUCCACUUCAGCUGUGUGGCGUCAAAUUCCUGCUUGAAUCCCAAGCCUAAAAUCCUCUGGUCCAUCAAAUCAAACCAUUGGAAUAUGUCUGAUUGGGCCACCCAAAAGAGUAAUUGGACCUGGACUUAUGGAACCAACCUCAGCUUCGUACCCUCGUUGGCUAACGAAGGCUUAAUCCUCGCUUGUCACUUAAAGUACCCUGCCUCAAAGAAACUCAUACAAAACACCGUCCAACUUCACAUGGCAUAUAGCCCUCAGAUCAAGGUCAUCCAAGUUUGUAAGUAUGACCAAAACAGCACCACCACUUGUUCUUGUGCCUUCCAUUCUUGGCCCCCACCAGAGAUCCAGUGGUACAUGAACCAUCAACAUUUAACCGAGAAAAACAUCUCUGACAAUAUAAGGAUCAAAGCCUCAACUCAAGGCAAUACCUGCACCAGUUCCUUAUAUCUCUUAGGAAAUACAUUAAAUUCCGCUAUGAUCACUUGCAGAGCAAUAAACCCUAUUGGAUUCUCCAAUUUGAAGACUCUGUCUAUUCCAGCCACGAAAGUGAAAAAACAGGAAAAUGUCCAGGUUGCGACCAUUCUUCUAGGAACGUUUGUAUCCAUUUUAAUCUUGAUCGCCUGUCUUUACUUCUUCUCCGGUUAGUGAAGGUUGUAAAUACAAGGAUUGGUAUCAAUUUUCAUCACUGUCAUAAGGUAAACGGUUACUAAACAAGGACUACCUCUAUAAUUCUGCUGUCUUCUCAGCGCUCCCAUUUCCUUCUAAUGCUGUGAAAAUGUAUAAAAAAGGUUAUUUCUGCCUUCAAAGCAAGAUGACAUGAGAACAAGGCUCCACAGAUUGAAAAAUGAACCAGGUCACACAGCCAGCAGGAUAAAUCCCAGGAUAAAUGCAUCACCUUGUUACAUCCUGCACUUCUUACGAUUCUUUCCUGCGUGUCUGUGUACAAUCAUCUUUUUUCUUUUAUUUAAUAAAAACCCCAAUAUCUA